GCCGCGUCAUCGUGCUCGGGAACAGCUCCGGACAGAACCCGGUGUGUGUGUAUGAGUGUGUGUGUGUGUGAGACAGUGUGUGUGUGUGAGGGAGGCGGAGGGAGUGUAUGAAUGACUCCUCCGCCCUGGCAGACUGCGCUCAGUGUCCGGUAGGAAGGCGUCUGGGACGCGGCCUCUCCUCUUCCUCUUCCAGAGUGAACAUGUGGAGGAGAAACGUGGAGCGGAAAACUUUUUGUUCCACUCAGUUGCUGUGAAAGUUUUUUUUUUUUUCUUUUCGAAACACUUGGAGGAGUUUUUGUCUGCGCUCGCGCAGAGGCGGUGUACCGGAGCUGGAGCUGGAGUUGGCUCGCGGAGCCGGUCACGUGAGUGUGUGAGGUGUGUGAGGUGUGUGUGCUGUGGACCGGUGGGAGGUUCGGUCUCUGAGGACGCUCGAGGCGCUUUUGUCCUCUUUUACCUGUCGGGUGACUGAAAGCUGAUCUACCGACUCGAGUUCUCUCCCUGUAACGCGCACGAGACACCAUGCACCAGCGGCGGGAUCAUCCUGCAACCGGCACGCGCACCCGACCCUUCUGUGUCUGAAACAAUAAUAAUAAUCAUAAUAAUAAUCAUAAUAAUCAUAAUAAUAAUGACGAAGUUCUCUUUACAGACUAGGAACACGUUUACGCCUGGAAGCGCGAGCAUCUGAGUAACUUUUACACGUUUUCGGUUAAUCCAUCUAUUUAUUAUUGUUAUUGUUACUAUUUAUUUGUAUAUCAGAAAUGGCUCUGUCCCAAAUUCAAUGCCUCGACGACAACCACGUGAACUGGCGCGUGAGCGAGUCCAAACCGGAGUUCUUCUACAGCGAGGACCAGCGGCUCGCGAUCGAGGAGCUGAUCACCGGCGGCCGCGAGGCCUUCGACGCGUACGUGAAAGAGCGCGAGCUGCGGCCCUUCCUGUCCGAGCCCGAGCUCGAGCGCCUCUGCCGCUCCGUGGAGGACUACCGGCCCGGGACCGAGCAUCCCAAACCGGACACGGCGGACAGAGAAGAGCGCGCGCUGUCGCUGCAGUACUGGCCCGACCGCUCCGACAUUUCCAUACCGGAUUUAGACCUGGGCUGGCCGGACUGUAACUCGUACCGCGGAGUCACGCGGGUCAACGUGUACACGCAGCCACCCGUGGACGGCCAGACGCACAUCAAGGAGGUGGUGAGGAAGACCAUCGCGCAGGCGCAGAAGCUCAUCGGCAUCGUAAUGGACGUUUUCACUGACGUGGACAUUUUCAAGGACCUCCUGGAUGCCGGCUUUAGGAGAAAAGUGGCGGUGUACAUCAUCAUCGAGCAAAAGUCUGUUCAGGACUUUCUGCACAUGUGUGAUAGAGCGGGCAUGCACGGCGGACACCUAAAGUAUCUCCGGGUCCGCUGCAGCGGAGGCUCCGAGUUUCACACGCGCUCAGCUAAAAAAGUGCAAGGCUUACUGAGUCAGAAGUUCAUGUUUGUGGACGGAGAUCGCGCCGUGUCGGGAUCAUACAGUUUUACAUGGAUGGCUUCCCGCUUGGACCGCAACCUUAUCACGGUCCUCACCGGACAGGCAGUGGAGACCUUCGACAAGCAGUUCCGUGAGCUCUACUUGACUUCCCGUGGCGUCAACCUCUCCAAAAUCCGUCUGGCUGACCUCCCUGAGCCCGAACCAGUCCCUGUCCCUGCACCCGCCUCUGUUCCAUCAGCGGCUGUUGCCAGGAAACUCAUCAACCCCAAAUACGCCUUGGUGGAGACGGCAAGUCGAACCUCCUCAGACAAAGCCCCAAGUCCCAAGGAUAGCUCGCAGAAUCCCUUGCCUCAGCCGGUUAAACGCCAACGUGAGUUAACUGAGGACCUGCCCAAACACCCGGGGCUCAUAGGGUUACCAAAGGCAGAGCUCAUUCAAUACCUGCCCACAUGGCCAGAACCGGACCCACCUAGUGAUGUCAUUGGCUUUAUCAACAUUCGGGACACAAGCAAGCCACUGCAGCCGCACUUGAUGCGCUCGCAGCUGUUUGAAACAUCGCAGGCCAUUCGUUUCAAGGACCCAUUUACCGCUCCACCAGAAGAGCCACUGCCUGAAAAGGCGAGUCCACGUGUUAGAGCUACUCACACCACCAAAACAAACCCACCAGACACCCGUGUGGAACCAGUGGAUAAACCUGAUGGAAAGGUUCCAAAGGAGACCAAGUUGCCAACUGACUCCCCAGACACUGUGAACCCUGGCAACUCUGUUUCGCCUCCUAAACCAACACAGCCUCUUCAGGACAAACCCCAGACACAGGAAAAUCCUCCGGCGCCUCCUGUGCCAAAGCCACGCACCCUACAGCUAGUGAUGUCCGCAGGCGAUGGGCCCGAUAACAUGCAAGUCAGUGUGGUCAGGAAAAGUGAAGUGAAACCUCAUGAGAAUUCCAGCUCGGAGGAGUACAGAGAAGAACCUGAGGUGUCUAAUUCGGCGUCCGCCAAUCAGGAUUCAGAUAGCAAAACUAAAGACAAUGACAUGGACAGUAACAAGAGUCCUGAAUUGGCCCAUUUAGCACAAGACGACUGCUCGACGGCAUCAGAUGAGUACUACGAGUGUACCGACCCAGACCACAGCAGGCUCGCUAAUGGUGGACCAGUUGGCUCGGGACGGCUUGGAGAGCAUGUGAAUAUAAUGGCACGAUUCUCACAAUCCAUGCUGGACCUGAGGCCAGAUAAAAGCACCGAUCUGGAUCCCACAGACAGGAACUUGCUGAACAUACAGAGCAGAUACAGAGGAAAGGUUUAUCAGCCAAUUGAAAUCUCAUCCAUACGAGAAACCUACAACAGAGCCAAAGUAGUGAUCGCCAAACCAGGAGUGUUCCAUCGCCCUCCGAAAAGUAGCGCCCGUGUAAUCGGAGGGCACCGAUACUGGCAAGGCAAACUGGGCACAACGCAGCCUGAUGCUGAUCGUACCAGCCGCUCCCCCUGCAGAAGGAUCCCGUCUGGAGGACUCAAAACCAGCCAAUCGUCAACUCAACGUGUCUCUCACACACACUCCCCUUCACCAAGGAGGAACGAGACGCAGAUGCCGUUAGGAAUUCAUAUUUCUAAACUCUCCAGCCUCCGAAACCUUAGGGGCAGGGUACCAGGAGUUAUGGGUGACAAAAAGGUCACACACGGGCACAAGCAAUGUUAACUGGAAAUACUUGGGACUAAGCAGAAACUAUGUAUGUACAUAGUAAUUUACAUGAGCAUGUGACUACAACAAAACCAAAUUGAUUUCUGAAUUGUUUUCUCAGUUGAAUGCAAAUUUUAGUUGUUGCUGCCCUGAGGUACUUUUGGAACAAUCAUGUGGUGCAGGUUGGUGGAUUUCCCCAGUAUCUUUUCUCCAUUCUACUUUCAGGACUUACCCGCACGUGGUAUCUCUGGAUCUUGCUUUCAAAAUGGUGGAUGCAGAUUAAAGGAAACUGGAGGAAUGCUUGAUAGUGGCCUUUCUUAUCAUGUGCUAGCCCAAAGGAUUUGGCUGGUACCAUUUUUUUUUUGGAACGUGUUCUCUAAUGUUUGUCUACAAGACAUUUGGAAAGACACGCUCAGGGGAGCGAGGGCUCAAUGUGAAUGUGGGUUUACAGCCAAAAUCGUAGCAGAGGCACAUUUACAAUGACUCAUGUAGUGUGUCCUGGACAAUUUGUGUCUCACACACCAUGUUAUGGGGGUUGCUUUGAAUUGAAAUGGUGAUGGAUUUGGGAUCAUGGUGGGUGAACAAGAUAACGCAUAUGUUACAAACCAGUUUUUUUGCUUACUCACAAAAAUCAAAGAAAACAACAAAAAAAAAAAACAGUGUUGAAAUAUUCCGUCAUCCCGCACAUACGGUUUCCAUGUAA